UCAGUUUCUAGGGUGAACAAAAAAACAAAUAGAGAAUAUAGUUUAUGUUUCAAGAAGUGACUUUAGUGCUUUUCAGACAUCAAAAGACUAAAUAAAGACACAAACAUCAGAGACGAGUAUUCGCGUACACGCAUUCAAGCAUUUCAUAUACGCAAUGCCCUUUGUCGAACAGUUCAUCCAAGGUCAUGGGACGAAAGCGCGGUCAGGCUCAAAGUACAAUCAGGCAUGUUUUCGAAAUCAAAAGAUUACAAGAGGCCUGAUAAUCCUUGAGUUUUGUUUUCGAUUUCAAUUGUGAAACGAGAUGCUUUUCCGGCGGCUCUUAUUAGGGCGAGCAGGUCUUUUUUUGCUCAUUCAUUAUAAAAGUUCUUUCACUGUUGAAUUCCACAAUCUUCCAUGAAUACUUUAGUAUGAGCGAGUUUAGGAGAUUUUUAGGGACAUAAUAUUGCCAUCACUUUAUACGUGUAUUAUAUAGGUUCCAUUGUAAUACUUUACGGAAAAAACAGUCAAGAUUAUGGUCUUCAGAUCAUGUAAAUAAUCCGUUCUCAUUUUGCGACGUAGUUUAAGCUCUCAUUUUCUGUAAAUAUGAAGUACAUACCUACACACGUAUAACGACACAGUAAUCUUAGUUCUUUUUUUUAUCACAUUACUAUCCUCUUUCAAGAUAUCUUAAGUCGGAAAUUAUUUGAAUACGCUAUCUAGUGGACCACUUAAAGCUAACUUAAGACGUGGUAGUUUACCCCGAAUUUUUCUCAUCGUUCACUGUUCUGUCAAAAAAUACGCUCGAAAGAGAUCAUAGUCACACAACGAACUAUAUUGCCAGCACGACAUAAGCUUGUAAUAAGUCGUGUUUAUAUUUAUUAGCUUCUCUAAAAAAGUUUCAAAAAUAACGAGUCGUCAUUUUUAGGCUCUAUUUGUUUUGGUCUACUCAAACAAGAUUGCAGGGGUUGAAAUAGUUACCCCCUCUAUGAUCGCUGCCGGUUCCAGGUACUGGUAAAGGAGGAUUGAGCAUGGUAUUGGGGACCCAUAUGUUGUAUAAUGAACCGCUUAUAAAUACGCUAAACAGAAAAACUAUAAACCAUUUGAACUCUGUUCUCAGAGUUGAAGUGUUUCCGUAUAUAAGGGUUAUGACGCCCCACAGUUAAAGUCAGGAUCGUUCAGCAUAAAAUGUAGUGGACACCUAUGUCUAAGUACAAAUGUACGCAAACAGUGGAAGGGCAUGAUAUACUACUUAUAUUAUUGCGUACAAACAACUCCGGACAUAAAUUUGAUUGGAAAUAUGUCAGAGAUCUGGAUCUGAGAAAUCCGGAAAAUACCAGAGAAUUUGUAGAACCUUGACAUUCAGGUCGUUCUGCAAUCAACAGACAUUUCUAUGAAUUCAACCUAUUAAUCUGUUUGGAAAGAGCCAACCAUUCACUCGGUCAUUAGUGGACUGAAAAAAGGAGCUAACAGGAAAUGGACGCAUAAAGAUGAAGACCGUGAUGACAACCAGAACAGACAGACACAAUACUUGUGAAAUAAUGGAAAUGCUCAUUUCUGUUUAAAGUAGGCACCGAUGAUAUCCGAAACUAGGACUCAGUCUGCUUCUAGGCUGUCCAGCCUAUCGGAUUGAAAGUUGCCAAAAGCACUCACCUGAAGUAUAAGUCUUCUUCAUUUCGUGGAAUCAUUUUGUGGCGUGAUUUUGUUAUCCUAUCAAUAAUCCUGAUUGUGCUCGUGGUUGUGACUCGUCUAGUAAUCAUAAGUCGAUUUACUUUCCCAAAAAAUCGAAACAAUCAGUAAUUGAGAUAGUUUUGCAGGAUAAUACCAAAUUACUAAACCAAAGCUAAACCAUCUCUACCUUAAAUAACUCAACAAUACCAAAAGUUAAUCUAGUUCUCAAAUAUGCUAACCUCCUACGUAAGCUAAAUAUGUACAAAUCAUUUAUAAUUUUAGUGCGAAAUACUUUUCAUUUUCUAAAUAGAUUCAGGUGUCGAAAUUAUCUUGUUUUCUGUAGACAAUGGCAACAAGUAAAGUCUAUUUUCGACGAAACAGACCUGGUACUAAGGCUGAGGAGUGGUGUAAUUGGCCCGAUGAACCGUUCGAAGAUAUGGAAAGUACAUUAGCUGUUCAGCAGUACAUACAGCAAACAAUAAGACGUGAUUUUAACAAUGUGGAUGAGAUUUUAACUGCUCCAGAGGGUCAAGAUGAAGUAGUCUGGAAGUACGAACAUUUGAGACAAUUCUGUAUGGAACUAAAUGGAUUAGCUGUUUGUUUGCAAGAGCAAUGUACCCCAAAAACAUGUCCUCAGAUGACUGCUACUGAACAAUGGAUAUUUUUGUGUGCAGCACAUAAGACUCCUAAAGAGUGUCCAGCUGUUGAUUAUACACGACAUACGCUUGAUGGAGCUGCUUGCCUGUUGAAUAGCAGUAAAUACUUCCCUAGUCGAGUAAGCAUCAAAGUUACGUCAGUUAAUCGUCUUGAUUCUGUUUGCCGUCGUGUUUAUAGAAUAUUCUCUCAUGCUUAUUAUCAUCAUCGAGAGAUAUUUGAUUCUUUUGAAGAAUCAACUGCAUUAUGUCGAAGGUUUACAACAUUUGUGUUAAAAUACAAUCUUAUGAGUAAAGAUAACCUGAUUGUACCUAUUGCCGGUGCUGUAGAUGGGGCUGUAAUCGAGGCUCAAAUAUAAGUUCAUAAUGUUUAUGUUUAAUAUACAUUAUUAUUAUCUUUUACAAUUUAGGCCUAACUUUUCUUUAAUCAUAUGAAAAAAACCCAUGUCUAAUUUCAUUCAUAAAUAACAAGUAUUUUUUUUUGUUUCCUACCUGUAUUAUUGUACAAAUAUGGUAACAUUCUCUUCUAUCACAAUAAAAAAAAUUAUUUCAGAAAA